AUGGAAUCGAUGAAUACAGAUCCUCCAGAUAUGUGCAGUGCCGGACCAAUUGGUGACGAUAGUAUAUUAGUUUUAAAUAAGGUCAUAGUUUUCCACUGGCAAGGAUUCGUCGCCGGACCAAUUUCUUACGAGUCUUCACUGCCAAGGAAAUCCUUAAUAUGUUUGCUAAUCACUCGGGUAUCACUUAAGAGGUUAAUUCAACGAUUUUUUGAACGACUGUUUGUUCGCAAAAAUAAUUCCAACACUAUAAUCGAGUCUUUAGCUGUUGAUUGCCAUUCUAUUUUAAUUUCUGAAGUUUUUUGGGAGGGCAUCAUUCGACGUUCUCUGUCCGCUUCCUUUGGCCAAUACAAAGUGAUUGACCACAAAUACGACGCAGUUGUUGUCGGCGCUGGCGGCUCUGGGCUUCGUGCAGCCUUUGGUUUAGCCAGCAAAGGGUACAAAGUGGCAUGUGUUACCAAACUUUUUCCGACACGUUCUCAUACGGUUGCUGCCCAGGGAGGCAUCAACGCGGCUUUGAGUAACAUGGAAGAGGAUGAUUGGAGAUGGCAUUUUUACGACACUGUAAAAGGCUCUGACUGGCUGGGUGACCAGGACGCGAUUUCAUACAUGACCAGAGAGGCCCCAAAAGUGGUCAUAGAAUUAGAAAACUACGGAAUGCCCUUCAGCCGACUCGAAAACGGGAAAAUCUACCAGCGAGCCUUUGGAGGCCAAAGUUUAAAAUUCGGAAAAGGAGGACAGGCUCAUCGAUGCUGUGCCGUGGCCGAUAGAACAGGACAUUCUAUGCUCCAUACCCUUUACGGCAGAGUUCAAUUUGUUUGUUAUAAUUUAUCUUUAUAUUACAAUACUGAAUAUUUUGUUGAAUAUUUUGCGCUUGACUUGCUCAUGGACGGGCGGACAUGUCGAGGAGUGAUUGCUAUGAAUCUCGAAGAUGGCACAUUCCAUAGAUUCAACUCCCUUAACACAGUACUUGCCACUGGGUUCUGUCUCUGUAAUUGA